AUGCUCCGCUGGUCUCGGCUACUGCGCGGACGACCCCCGCCGGUGAUGGGACAUGCCAAGCGGAUGCGCUUCGCCGGCGUCGACGACAAUCCCUCCGUCACAGACAAGCCGUGGGACACCAGCGAGCCGCUGAUGGCAGACUACGGCUGGGAACGCGGUAAGCUGCCGAAAUUUCGCGCUCGUAGUCCGUUCCACCGCCAGCAGAUUGCGCGCCGCAUGGUGACGGAGCUGAUCCGCAAAGACUACGUCAUCGUAGGCGGCGCGCGCGCCCCGGCAUUGCGCAUCCUAGCCGACCACGUCGUCGAGCUCGCCAAGGCUGGUGACACGGACUCGCGUCAGCAGCUAGCCUACUUUCUGCAUGACCCCCUCAUGGUUGACAAGGCCUUUGACGAGUAUCCACGUCGGUUCCGCGACAUGAACGCCAAAUACGCGAUGAUGACGCGCCUGAAGGGGCGCCGACGCAGCGACAACGUUGCCAUGUACUUUGUGGAGUACAAGAAUCGCGACAUGAGUGAUAAUCACAAGGGCGAGGACUACACCACUGGGCCGGAGCGCUUCUUCCUGCCGCCGCGCAUCAUCGAGACCGAAAAAGGCAUUCAGCGCCCGCCGCACAUGCAGAUGGCAUUUGACCGGUGGGCGAGCAAGUUUAAGACGGAGGAGUUUCACCACUGGUGGCGGCUGCGGCACGCCAAGCUGCGCUACUGGGGUGUCCGCAACGUCCCGCAUCCAAGCGAUGUGGACCCACUCUGGACAGAGAAGGAGGAGGAGGAGUGGCACAACGAGAUGCUGGCCAACACCAGCGACUUCGAGGAUUUCGACCUCGACGACGACUCCUACGAGACCGCCGGCGAGGGAGGCGGACAGGGCGGCAUCUCGUCUCCGUCAGGGAUCGGACCUGAGCCGCAAAGGAAGUACUGA